AAGCCUAAUGUCGCCCGGCCUUAGUAUGCAGCCGCCAUGGGGAGACGCCUAAUUUCAGUACCCAUUUCUCAGUCGCUUUUGUAUUGCAACUGCCGUCGGCCAUGCCAUGCCGCAUUGACGGGGACGGAAGCCAAUGCCGUCCAGUAAAAACCGCGUCAUCACUCAAUAUUCCCGACCCCGCCCACAGAAUCGGCGACUCCUCGUCGCGUACUAAACUUGCCAGCUGAGCUGUCAGGCCCAUACGCGGCAUUGCGACAUUGCGACAUUGCAUAGCUGCUGUCAUUGCCGCCUGUAUUCAGGGUUGGGUUCAGGCAUGCGCUUUCUGACCCGUGGUCGCUCCUCGAUGGACGAUUGCUUACCCAAUCGAAAUUCGAUUGCGCCUGCGAAUAAGCGACGCUUUGCGACCGCAUCGCGACGCACUGCGGCUACCACGCAACCGGCGGCGUUUGCGACAUUACGGCACGUUGCGACGCCAUCACGCCCGGCGCGAUUACCGUGUGCGACGCAGGCAGUCGCAAUCAUCGCCGCGGCGUGCCUGCUCGCGACGUUCGCGGUCACGCCAAGCGACGCCGUCCCCAUUCACGAGUCGCAGAAGAGCGCGCUGGGCGUCAUCCUGGGUCAACAGCAGGGCUUGACAGGCGCGUCCGGGGGAACGGGCGGCACUGGCAAUGUGGCGGGCGGCACUGGUGGUGGGACGGGCGGCAGUGGCUACGGUGCAGCCGGCGGCGGUCAGGGGGGGGAGGAGAGGAGGUGGAGGAAGACUGCGAGCUUAUAAGGGAGAUAGAGUGCGACACGCAGGGAUAUGUGACGUCCCUAAAGCUCGCAUCCAUGCUGUCGGUACCUGAGGAUAUUCAAUCCCUCGUGCGCCUGCAGACGCUAAAGCUCUUUUCAAGCUCGAUACCACCGAUCCGCAUGCCAAGCAUUCCUUCGGUCAUUGGACAACUUUCCUCCCUCACCUCGCUGUAAGCCCACUCGC